GGACAUGAGAAAAAGAUCAUCAAAUAUGUCACAACCGGGGGAAUGCCAUGCGCAUGGCAUGGGAGUACUAAAUACGGAAUUGAUAGGGCUCCUAAGUGGUUUUCUUGUUUGGUGGUGCUUUAGUUCUGAGAUCAGAUUGUCGACCGAGUAAACAAUCAAAAAGUAAUAAAUAAUAAUAAUAAUAAUAAUAAUAAUAACCAUGUAACAAGGUAAUAAAUGGUGUAUGUAAUUUUGAGGUUCGGUUGUUUUCUUUCUUUAUUUUCCCCCUUGAAUCGAUCGCGCCACGGAUGGCCCGAGCUUUUGUGUUGCUUCGAGAAGAGGAAACGAAGGCUCAGUGCGUGGGCACAAGCGACUGUGAGCUGUGGGCACAGCAGCCAGAAAUUUAAAGGGUCCCGGCGUUCUUUUUCUUCCGCAGAGCAGCAGCCGCCCUUUUUAACCCUGCGCUCCCGAUCCACUCUCCCACUAAAGUUAUGUACUAAACCGUUAUUUGGUUUAGCGUGGAGCCCGUUUAGGUUUUUUUUUUUUCUGCUUCUUUCUUUCUUAUUUCUCUUUUUCUUAAUUUCCUUUUUGUUUUAUUUUUAUUUUCUUCACCCUCCCCUUUCCCUCGUUUUUCUUCUAAAGAAAAAAAAAAAUUUUUUCUAAAAAGGAAAAACUAAAAUCAAGCACGUUUUUCCCCAUGGAUGAUUUAAACAAAUUAUGACACCGACAAGCAUUCUUUCUGCAGCCACUACCACUACUACUCCUCCUUACCCCAUAUUUCCUUACUAAUAAUGUUCACAACUCUUCUGGCACGUACCUAGGUAUAUGCUUCAAUUUCCUCUCCUUCUCAUAAUGUGAUGAUACUA